UUUGUGUUGCUCAUCCUCAGUGACAAUGGCAAGGAUUCGGAUUCCUAGCACAAUUGUUAUACUUUUUGUUGCAGUUCAGACUGGAUUCUUACUCUUCAUGUAUGCCCGGUAUAGCAGCUUCAUGCCUCAGUCUGAAGAGAAACCAUCUCAAGUCCACAUCCUCAUUCUCUCCUCCUGGCGGUCAGGAUCUUCUUUUGUUGGUCAACUUUUCAGCCAGCACCCCAGUGUCUUCUACCUGAUGGAGCCUGCGUGGCACGUGUGGGUUACCAUGUACCAGAACAGUGCCAAAGUCUUGCACAUGGCAGUGCGGGACCUGGUCAGGUCGGUCUUUCUGUGUGACAUGUCUGUGUUCGAUGCUUACAUGCCUUGGAAAAAAAACUUAUCUGACCUUUUCCAGUGGGCAGCAAGUCGUGCUCUGUGCUCAGUUCCUGCUUGUGACUCUUUUCAACGUACUGACAUAACCAGUGAAAUGGCAUGCAAGACUCUCUGUGGACGCUACCCGUUCAGCAAGGUGGAGGAAGCCUGUAAAACUUACAGCCAUGUUGUCAUCAAGGAAGUUCGAUUCUUUGACUUGAGGGUCCUCUACCCCCUUCUCACUGAUCCUUCUCUGAAUCUCAAAAUUAUUCACCUGGUUCGUGACCCCAGGGCAGUUGUUAAGUCACGGGAACAGUCGGUCAAAGCAUUAGCCCGUGACAAUGGAAUUGUCUUGAGUACCAAUGGCACCAAAGUGGAAGACAGCAAAUACAAAGUAAUGCAAGAGAUUUGUAGGAGUCACGUUCAAAUUUAUGAAACCGCUACUCUAAAACCACCGAAUUUCCUGAAAGAUCGCUACGUAAUGAUCCGUUUUGAAGAUCUGGUAAGAGAUCCGUUAUCAGAGAUCUCAGAAAUGUAUAAAUUUGCAGAUCUUAGUUUGACCCCUAGGCUCAAAAGCUGGAUCUAUAAUAUCACACAUGGACAGGGAUCAGGGAAAAAGAAAGAAGCCUUCAAAAUCACGUCUCGAGAUGCAGUUAGUGUUUCACAGGCCUGGAGAAAUGUUCUUUCCUUCCAGAAAGUUAAGAAAAUCCAGGAAGUUUGUAAAGGUGCUAUAAACAUGCUUGGCUAUCAGCUGGUGGAUUCAGAAAAAGAACAAAGAGAUCUGACAUUGGACUUGGUGUUGCCAAGACGACAAAACCAAUUCAGUUGGUCGUCAUUUAAUCCAAAGCACUGAGACAAUAUUUGUGAGAGUUCUGGGGGAUAGGGCAGGGUAGAUGUUUGAAUAUUUGUCCACUGUGCAGUAUCUAGUAAUUUGGCAAUCCUUGGCUGAUGACUUUAACUAUCUUUCUGUCUACUGUUUUUCUGUAAAGGAAGGAGGUUUUUUUAACUGAGUUUUUUACACCUCAAAAAAAAA